GCGAGAGAGACAGUGCAGUUCUUUCGUUGGAAAUCUUGCGUUGAAUAUAUUCGUAGGGCGAUUUGCUCAUUUUACUGUGAGUGAACAAUUUGUAAAAAAAACAAUCUGAAAACAAAACCGAAAGCCAAAAGCAAACGAACCUCAAAUGAAACGCCAGAAGUGACGCCGGAGCGCCGUUCGAGACCGUGCCAGAGCGCAGGAGAGACGACGAUGGCGUGCCACGUGUUGCGGCGCCGGACGAGCAGCCACGGCGAGACGGACCGGCGGAACUCCCUCCUCAGCGACGACGACCGCGAUGAGGGCUACCGCCGGAGGGUCGUCAGCUUCACGUGCCCCGGGAGCAGCGGCACCAACAUCGUCCGCAGCAGCUCGGGGGGCAGCAGUCCCCGGGCGACCCCCCACCAAGACCACCCUUACCACCACCUGAGCGCGACGCCGCCGAAGGACGCGUCCCUCCAGCGGAUCCAGGCGGAGGAGGACGUGCCCGAUGGCGUGGCCAAGGGGGGCUUCCGGAGGCGCCUCAAGAGCCUCAGCAUCGGCAUGUCGAGCCCCUCCGGCAGCAGCCACGACGUCACGACCACGCCCGAGGGAGGCAUCGUCAACAGCAUGGUCCGGCGCUCGCUGAUGCAGGCGGUGUGGCCGCUCUCCGUCAGCCUCGAGAACAUCGAGGACCACCAGAAGGACGCCCAACGAAGAUAA